AUGGAAAAGUUUCCGAUGCCGGGGGUCGGUUCCGGAAUCUCCUUCAGUACUGUAUCAUAUGGCUUUGAAAACCCGACGUUUCCGAGAAUUCCGGAAUCACCGUCAACCCUUGCUAAGGGUAUCGUUGGAGGUUCGCCUAAUCAAUUAGGACCAGUUCGACCCUGCAGCCAAACCCAGACACGCGUGGGCACUCAGCAGCCAGCCAGAAAUCUCGUCCCGUCAGCUUCACAACGGUGGCGAUCCGCCGAAGUUACUGACAUCCACCGCCACGGGAAGGCCGGUCGCAUUAGGAAAACACGGAACAACGGGAGACACCCCGUGAAGUCAGAGAAACUAUUCAGAGACGAAACCGGCAUGAGGUUCGGCCCGUGCCCUUGGCUGUGA